CGCUGCUGACCGGUCUUCCCACCGGCCGGGGAGGCGAUGUGGGCAGGUACGGUGCUGUGCCGAGGGUUAGCUGGGGAAGGGCCGGGUUUGGUGCUGUGACUCCUUAAAUUAAUUGGCGCUCGGACCAGAAGCCGACAAGAUGCCGCUGGGUUUAAAGCCAUCGUGCAGCGUGUGCAAGGCCAACUCGUCGGCCAUGUGGAGGAAGAGCAGCCAGGGCGACAUCGUCUGCAACAACUGCGCCGGGAAAAGCCCCGGCCCCGGCUCGGCCUCGGCACCGGGAGCGGCUCCGCCAGCGCAGCAGAGCAACGGCGGUGGGAAGCAGGCAAAGCAAGAAAUUCACAGACGAUCUGCAAGGUUACGGAACACAAAAUACAGGUCUAUGCCUCCCACUGAGAAAAAAGUUUCUACCAAAGGAAAGGGCCGUAGGCAUAUAUUCAAAUUAAAAAAUCCAAUUAAAGCACCAGAGUCUGUGUCUACAAUAAUCACAUCUGAAUCUAUUUUCUAUGGGGGUAUAUAUUACCAGGUUGGAGACGUAGUCUCUGUGGUGGACGAGGAUGAUGAAAAGAUUUACUAUGCCCAGAUAAGAGGGUUUGUGCAAGAUCAAUAUUGUGAAAAGAGUGCAGUGAUUACGUGGCUCAUUCCAACUCAGGCAAGCUCGAAGGAACAGUUUGACGCAUCAACUUACAUACUUGGACCAGAGGAAGACUUACCAAGAAAAAUGGAACAUUUUGAGUUUGUCUGCCACGCACCUUCUGAAUACUUCAAAUCACGAUCUACUCCUUUUCCAGUUAUCCCAACCAGACCUGAGAAAGGGUAUAUCUGGACUCGUGUUGGACCAACUCCUGCAAUAGCUGUGAGGGAAUCGAUUGCAAACUGUUUGUAGCCAGGGUACCAAAUGUUAAUUAAAAUGUACAUUUUUAUCAUUACAAUGGAUUCUGGUUAAUUGAGAUUCAUUGGGACCAGUACAUUUUGGCCCAAUUAAGCAGUUGCAAUUAAUGGAAGUUUCACAGAAAUAGUUACAAAAGUAUUAAAGAAAAAGACAAGCUAACAAAUUAUGUAUUUAAAUGAAAUACAAAAGAAAUCAGAACACCACAAAUGCUACCACAGUACUAUAAAAGUGUGUAUUAGUUAUCAACUGUAAAUGAACAAAUCAGUGCUGAAACAAAAGAAAAUCUGCAGAUGCUGGAAAUCCAAAGUAACACACACAAAAUGCUGGAGGAACUCAGCAGGCCAGGCAGCAUCUAUGGAAAAGAGUAAACAGUCGACGUUUCAGACUGAGACCCUUCAUCAGGAUCGGAAAGGAAGGGGAGAAGACAGAAUAAUGAAGUGGGGGGAAGGGAGGAAGAAGGACGUGGUAGGUGAUAGGUGAAGCUGGAAGGGGUGAAGUUGAUCGGUGAAAGAGGUAAAGGACUGGAGAAGGAGGAAUCUGAUAGGAGAGGACAGAAGACCAUGGAAGAAUGGGAGGGGGGAAGGAGCACCAGAGGGAGGUGAUGGGGAAUGGGGAAGGAGGGGAUUGGGGGCAAUUGCCAUAAAUUCGAGAAAUCGAUGUUCAUGUCAUCAGAUUGGAGGCUACCCAGAUGGAUUAUGUGGUGUUGCUUCUCCAACCUGAUCUGGGAGUAGAGGAGGCCAUGGACUGAACACCUACUGCAGAUAACGGACUGCCUUCAUAUAAUGCUUUCAACAAUUGCAUCCUCCAAAUCUUCAUUUUUCUUGUAAUGUUGAAGAUGAUUGUUGAUACCUUCAAAUUCUUCAUUGUCCUAUCUUGUUGAAGUAGUGAAAUAAUUUUACUCCUGGCCAUUUUUGGCAUCUCCAAGCCUGAAUGUUUGAAAUCACAUUGAGCAAAGUAGUUCUGAGUUGUCUUAGUGCUUACUUCUCACCAAAUAUCAAUGACAAAAAUCACUGCUUUUUGAACAUAAAUGCACGCCGCUAACGCUAAUUAAAAAACUGUUUGCUCUAAGCAUGGUAUAGUGCCUAACGGCCUCACAAGUACUUGCAACUGACGCUGGUUGGAAACUGGCAGCAAUCUCCUGUCCCAAUUAAGCAGCAUAAUGUUCCAAAUAAACGAAGGGAAUCUCAGCUAUUUUCUUGAUUGUUUUUUGUUAUUAAAAAGUUAUACCAAAUAAGCUGCUUCCUUGAUUAACCAAUGGCCAAUUAAUCAGAAUCAAUUAUAUAAAUCUUGCUGGAAUGAAAAGGCAAACUGUUACAAACUGAAAUUUUGUUCAUGUUCAUUGCAGUAUUUUGGGGGUUCAAAGCCAUUCUGACCCUAGAUUCUUCAUCAGAAUAUGUCAGUUUCAUCUCUCUUAGAUUGUGAAAAUCAAUAUGGACAAAACCUAUUUUUGACAUAAGGCUGUUGUAACUUUUGCAGAAGCUAUUUGUCGUCUUUUAUUAAUAUAAAUGAGGUGCUGCAUUUGUAUAGUACUGAAGAUAUUCAUUGGAACCUUGUGUUACUUCAAGCAAAUAAAAGGCCAGCUACACGUUCAGUCCUUCAGAACCUGAAUUUUCAGAUUGUAUUAUUAAGAAUCUGGUUUUGUACAGGCGUAAAAAUUGUUUUUGAAAACCAUCUAUAGAGAAAAUCCAUGUUGUGCAGUUUUGUCUGUUGUAUUUACCAUGUCAGGUCAAUGUACAUGUAGAUACUAUUUUUCAGAUGUGAGUCUAUUUAAAUAAAAUUAACAUUUUGUUAAAGUUUCUUAAGCUUUUCUUUGUGGCUGCUGUGAUGGGCUUGGAAUAAAAUGGAUGGAUGCAUUA